AUGGACACCGACCCGAUGGAGGCCGAGAGCCUUCCUGCGCCGCCGGCUACGACGCCACCGGCGCGUGAUCUCAACGCGCACAUUGCGGAAGACGAAGAGGAGAUGCCGCUCUUGUUCAUGGACGAACUUCCAUCCAAUUUCCAGCAGAACGCGCAGCUGGCCGCCAUCGCGACGUUCAUGGCCGACAGCGACGACGACGCAGCAGCAGAAGACGACGAAGAAGACGCUUCGAGGGCGGGGGACGGCGGCAAACAGCGCCGUCAGAGGCAGCAGAAGUCCGCACGUUCGAGACGGCGACAAGAGCCCUAUGCCAAGCCUUUGGCCAAGGGUAAAGAACCCAAAAGCAAGAAAAAUAGGGACACUUCGAAAGCUGCCGACACCAAGGAGCUGCAGCUCUUUCUGUCUAUGUUUCAUGUCAGCAAAGCGGGCUAA